AUGAUCCAAGCUCGAGUUCUAGAGGACAGACGUAUGCUACCACUACCCUAUGAAGAGAAAACUCAAGGCGAGAGUCCUGAUCAUCAGCACAGCAUACGAUCGAUUGCCUGGAACCCUUUGGGAACGCUGGUUGCGACGGGAUCAUCGGACAAAACCCUGCGUGUCUGGAACCCGGAGAAGCCAAAUGUACGUUUUUCGACCGACCUGAAGGGCCAUUUGGCUGCCAUUGAAAAGGUUGCUUUCAACCCAGUCAAGGAUGCCGAGCUGUGCAGUGUCAGCAACGAUGGAGUCGUCAAGUUUUGGGACGUUCGAUCGAAGACCUGCACCAAUGAGAUCAAAGGCUUGGGAGACGCAUUCACUCUCGUAUGGGCACCCGACGGACAAACCCUGGUGGUUGGAAAUAAGGCGGACAACAUCUUUGUACUGUCGCCGACCCGGUCGACACCCAUCGCUUCGCAUCAACAGCCCAGCCAGACAAACCAGAUUGCAUUCUGUUGGAGCGGCGAGAAGAUAUUCCUCACGACCGGGGAGGGCAGAACCCGGAUCUUGACUUAUCCAGACUUCAAACCUGCUUUUCAGUUCAACGUUGAAAAUGAGUCCAAGGAGUUCACUCUCAACGGUCACACUUCAUCUUGCCUAUCAGUCGAGCUGCAGCCAACAGGACGCUAUCUUGCUACCGGUGGUUCUGACUCCAUCAUUUCUCUGUGGGACACGACAGAUUGGAUUUGCCAACGGACGAUUACUAGCAUGAUCGGUCCAAGUUCUGACUGCGGACUAGGUUUCACGUUCGACGGCAACUUCUUGGUAGGAGGCAGCGACGAAGGUGAGCAGAACAGCGUCGUCCUGUGGAGAAGAGAUUGA